CUCCUGUGCGUGAGACAACCAUCCAGGUGUUGAUUUUUUCGGUGACGGCGCGUUGUUCGUACCGAGUGUUGCAACGUAUAGCGAUGGCUCUCACCUCGGCGGCGGCUAAGUUCGGACUCACUAUCAACACAAGCAGUGCUGUUCGUCUUUUUGAACCUUCACAAAGCAACGGAAUCCUUUUACUACUCGCAAACCACGAUUUCAGAUGAAAUUUUGGAGACAUAGAGAAUUUACUACUUCUGAAGCAUGCUGUCAUCGGGCCUGCAGAUGACGAGUGAGCUGCGCAUCCGCGUAUUGAAAGCAGACGUCACAUUUGAUGAGCUGGAAAAUCGUGCGUGGAGGAAUCAUCAGCUGACCGUUUGGACGAAAAUGGCGUUGUACAAGUCGAUGGCAGUUCGAGAAAAUCUACUUUUGAUGGCUUCAUGCCGUGAGCGGUGUCCUCCAUUAGUAGGUACCGUCACUUCAACGCCUUUAGCUGCUGGCACCUCAUGCCCCUCCUGCCCACCAACAACGAACGACUCAGCGAAAGCACUUGUAACCCCGGCCGGCUCAGACACCUCUCGCCGUCUCAUGUCAGCCAGCCGAUUUAGGAUACCACUGGCCAGCAAGUUUUGUGAUCCAUUCCAUCUGGCGCAGACUGCCCUGCACUUGGUCCAAAUGUUCUUUGGCUACAUGCUAAUGUUGACAGCGAUGACGUACAACGUGUAUAUGUUGAUCGCGGUGAUGCUUGGUUUUACCGUGGGCUACUUUUUAUUCUCGAGACAGCGGCCGCUGCUAUUGAGGUCUCCGACAUGUUGCCAUUAG